AUGGAAGCAUAUAAUCUACAAACGGCAUCGACCUACAUCAACAAUGUUCUUCUUGCUCGAGGAUUGCUCAAGGGCGGCAAGCCAAUUGAUUUCGCUCAGCCGGAAAACGAUGAAGGGGGAACCAGCACCACGAUGGCCAGAAUUAUCAAUCUUGUGAAUGACCUCGUUCUGAGGAGAGAUCGUGAAGCUGAGCACAGAGAGAAUCUGGCCACGACGAUUCGGACGCUGCGCGGAAAUGAAUCACAACAAACACUUGAGAUUGGGAGACUGAAAACCAAGAUGUCCGAUUUAACCCGUUCUUUGACCAUGGCAGAGGCGCAGGAACGUAACCUGAAAACCAAUCUAUCAGUUGCAGAGGUGACAAUCAGAGGCCUAAGAGAACAAGUACAGCGAAUGAAAAAUACCGCCCAGCAAGUUCGAGCUCAAUGCGCCAAUGACAUCCGGAAGCGUGACCUGGAGAUGCAGAAAUUGAAGUCGCACUUGGCUGACCGACAGAGGGGAAAGCGAGACGGAUUGGGGGUUACGACAAUAAAUAUUAAUCCUGCAGUUGAACGGGAAUUGAAGACGAGGUUCCUAACAGGUGGUGAAGGUGUCAACGAUCCCGGCUACAGCUUAAGGCAAGAGACGACUGAGUUUCUAACGGAGUUGUGUCAGAAUCUCAGUGAUGAGAAUGACACGUUGAUUACACUUGCUCGAGACACUGUACAGACUUUGAAAGAGCUUCAAGGAUUGGCUCAUGAAGGAGAAGAAGACUGGCGUGCGAGUAAAAGUACGAGUGUCGGACCCCAACGGUCUUCCCAGGGUUCCGUAACGGCACUCCCUGCCUCAUACGAAGACUUAUCUGCUGAAAUGAAUAUGGUCCUAGAACACUUGCGAACAUUGCUCACAAAUCCUUCUUUCGUACCUCUGGAAGAGGUCGAGGUCCGAGAUAAGGAGAUCAAACGGCUCCGGGAAAGCUGGGAGAAAAUGGAGAACAGAUGGAAACAAGCAGUUAGCAUGAUGGAUGGAUGGCAUCAACGGCUGUCUGAUGGGGGGAGUUCGGUGCAAGCCGACGAGUUGCAAAUGGGAUUGAACCUCCAUCUCGGUAUCGAUCUUACGCAUAGUCAAGGCUUGGAAAGUGGAACUCGGGCAAACACGGCGUCUAUCUUCGAUGACCACGAGCAAACAGAAGACACGGAAAGCGAUACUAGUGAGCACGCCCAGAGUUCAAGUUCAAAUGGUCUUCAGCCACGGACUAAAGAGAGAAAAGUGACAAAAGUGUUGGACCACGCACUCAAAGAACGGAACGACAAUGCCAGGCCAGUUAGGUCACCACGCAAAGUCUCCUUUACUCCUGGGUUACAGGACUCUUCUUGUAACGAAGACAAUGGAGGAGACGAGACCAUACCAGUAAAAGCCCACAAGUCUAGCUGUGUCACUCGGCGUCCUUCGAAGAAGAAGACGGAAUCAAAGACAUCACAAGCGGACACCACGGCACACCAAAUGAGCGUGUCAGAGAAACUCGCGGCCAUCGAGAACGAAGCUCGAGAUGCAGAACAAGCACGAAAAGAAACCGAGAACCGGAAAAGAGCCCGGGGGGUGAAAUCAAAUAAAUCAGUGCACAGUCGACGAAGAAGUACCUUGACCAAUGCUGAACUCGAUCAAUUGAUGGGAGUUCGAUCAAAAUGA